GGAAGUGACUUCUCGACCCUGUGUGGUGACUGCCUUGGGGGUUUGAGGUUGGAAGCCACACAGCUCUGACAUGACUCUCCUUUGCAGGAGCAUUGGCGUCAUCACCUACAUCCUACUAAGUGGAGCGUCCCCCUUCCUGGGAGACACGAAGCAAGAAACACUGGCAAACAUCACAGCUGUGAGUUACGACUUUGAUGAGGAGUUCUUCAGCCAGACAAGCGAACUGGCCAAGGACUUCAUUCGGAAGCUUCUUGUGAAAGAGACCCGGAAACGGCUGACCAUCCAAGAGGCUCUCAGACAUCCCUGGAUCAUGCCGGUGGACAACCAGCAAGCUAUGGUGCGCAGGGAGUCCGUGGUCAACCUGGAGAACUUUAAGAAGCAGUAUGUCCGCAGGCGGUGGAAGCUCUCCUUCAGCAUCGUCUCCUUGUGCAACCACCUCACUCGCUCCCUGAUGAAGAAGGUACACUUGAGGACAAGCGAGGACCUGAGGAACUGCGAGAGUGAUACAGAGGAGGACAUCGCCAGGAGGAAAGCCCUUCACCCCCGGAGGAGGAGCAGCACCUCCUAACUGGCCCAGUUGUCAGUGGCUGCCAGCGAGGUCCAAGUCCCUUGUGUUCCUUCUGUGCAAGCUCUUGGACCCUGCUUAUCACCAGUACCCAGACGUUCUGUGUUCCUGAGCACUUUA